GCUGUGGGAUGAAUAACGUGUAUUAAUAUCUAUAUAAUAUCUAAUCUAAUGUAAACACCCCCUGGAUCGGUGUCUGUGUUUAGGAGGAAGCGGUUUGUGGCGUUGAAGGUGGUGAAGAGCGCUCCGCAUUACACCGAGACGGCUCUGGACGAGAUCAAACUGCUCCGAUGUGUGAGAGACAGCGAUCCUUCCGACCCCUACAGAGAAACCAUCGUCCAGCUGAUUGACGACUUCAAGAUCUCUGGAGUCAACGGAGUCCAUGUGUGUAUGGUUCUGGAGGUUUUGGGUCAUCAGCUGUUAAAAUGGAUCAUUAAGUCAAACUACAUGGGACUUCCUCUGGUCUGCGUCAAGACCAUCAUCAGACAGGUGCUGCAGGGUCUGGACUACCUCCACACCAAGUGUAAGAUCAUUCACACCGACAUCAAGCCAGAGAACAUCCUAUUGGACGUGGACGAGGUUUACAUCAGGAAGCUGGCGGCCGAGGCCACCGUCUGGCAGAGAGCUGGAGCCCCGCCCCCUUCCGGGUCCUCAGUUAGCAUGGCUCCCAGGGAUCCACAGGUUGGUAAGCUGUCCAAGAACAAGAAGAAGAAGUUGAAAAGGAAAGCGAAGCGUCAACAGAGACUGUUGGAGGAGAGACUGGUGGAUAUACAGAGGCUGGAGGAUGAGGAUGGUGUAUUGUUGCAGCCUGAGGACACUGACAGUAACUGCUCCCCGGUGGUGAACGGGAACCCCCCCGGCUCCACGGCCAACAGCAAAGCGAGUCCCGAGUCGUCCGGCUCGUGGGGGGAGGAGCGGUGCAACGGCCACGACCCGGGCCGGUUCUCCAGCCCCGCCUCGGGCCUGUCGGGCCUGUCGGGCUUCUCCAGCUCCGUGAUGUCCGCCACGUCGGAGUCGGCGCUCUCCACCCAGUCGGGAUACUCCAGCGGGCGAGACCGUGAGGACACACACAGCUAGGCUUCUCUUUUUUUC